AUGUCUUCGGAAAGUUCGCCAGCUAAGCAUUCGAAAUCGUUAAAUAUACAAGCAUUAGAAGACUUUGAAAACCAAGAUGCAUUAAUUAAACAUGUGGAUAUUACUAUUGUGGAAUCUGAGAAGAGAGCUAAUGGGACCCUGCAUGUUCGAGAUCAUUACACAGUGUAUCUAAUAGAUGUGAAAGUAACAGAUUCUGAGUACAAACAGCUUCAGACUAAAAUCAGUACAAUAUGGAGAAGGUACACAGAGUUUGAGCAGAUUCAUGAUUACCUACAAGUGACUUACCCACAUGUUGUUAUCCCACCAUUACCUGAGAAAAGGAUAAUCUAUGCCUGGCGAAAAAGUGAUACAACAGAUCCUGAAUUUAUAGAGCGUAGAAGAGCUGGCCUAGAGAACUUUUUACUGCGAGUAGCUUCACACCCCCAACUUUGCUUCGAUGAUCAGUUCAUAAAUUUUCUCCAGCAGGAGCAUGGAUGGCGAGAAACUAUUACAGAUAGUGGAUACCUCUUGCAGGCUGAAAACAAAAUAAAAUCUCUAUCUCUAUCAAUAAGGCUCAAGAAACCAGAUCCCGAAAUUGAUGGGGUUAAAAACUAUGGAAAGCAAUUGGAGGCAAAUCUAGGAAAUUUUCUUUACACCAGAUCAAAGAUAAUAGAGAAGAACUAUGCUCUGUGCAAGUUGCAUGCAAACUAUGGCAAGCUGUUUAGCGAGUGGAGUGUUAUUGAAAAAGAGAUGGGAGAUGGUCUUCAGAAGGCUGGACAUUAUUUCGAUUCAAUAGCAGAUUCAAUAGAAUCAAUAGCAGAGGAUGAAGAGCAAUUAGCAGAUCAGUUAAAGGAAUAUCUCUUUUACGCGGCUGCAUUACAACAUCUCUGUGCUAACCACGAAGCGUUACAGCGCAAUUUGGAGAAUGCCAACGAUGCGUUAACUAACAGAAUAGCGGAACGUAACCGUGCAGCGGCCGGAAAGUCCGGGAUAAUGUCACGUUUAUUUGGCACCACGGAGCCGGACAUAGUACGCGAUCAAAGCACGCGCGUGCUCGACACGAAGAUACUCGCGGACACGCACGCCAUUGAACGAGCACGGACAGAUCUAGAAGAAUUCAGAAAAAAGGCUUCCGUUGAGAUUGAAUACUUUCAAAAGCAAAAGGAUAAAGAUUUGCACGAGUCGCUUGUAAAUUUCAUCGCAUUGCAAGUGAAGUCUGCUAAAAAGAACCUCCAAGCCUGGACACAGAUCAAAGAAUGUCUUCAAAAUAUGCCUUAA